AUGAAAGGAAAAUGUGGUUCUUGUUGGGCUUUUCCUGUGACUGGUGCCAUAGAAGGGCAAAUGUUCAAGAAAACUGGCAAACUGAUCCCACUGAGUGUACAGAACCUACUGGACUGUUCUCAACCUCAAGGCAAUAGAGGCUGUAAUGGGGGUACUACAUACAGAGCUUUCCAGUAUGUAUUGCACAACGGAGGUCUGGAGGCUGAAGCAACCUAUCCAUAUGAACGAAAAGAAGGACUAUGCAGGUACAAUCCUAAGAAUUCAUCUGCUAAAAUCACAGGAUUUGUGGCCCUCCCAGAAAGUGAAGAUGUCCUAAUGGAUGCUGUAGCAACUAAAGGCCCCAUUGCUACUGGAGUUCAUGUUGUCUCCAGUAGUUUUAGGUUCUAUCAGGGAGGUAUUUACCAUGAGCCAAACUGCAUCAAUUCUGUGGCCAGUUCUGUGAAUCAUGCAGUUCUGGUGGUUGGCUAUGGAUUUGAGGGAAAUGAAACAGAUGGCAAUAACUACUGGCUGAUCAAGAACAG